AUGCUGCCGCCAAUUCUGCUGCCCCUUCUGUGGACAGGGGCCCUUGCUCAGGAGAAUGUUUUCAAGCUGGAAGUGCCCGAGUCAGUGACGGUGCAGCAGGGCCUGUGUGUCUUUGUGCCCUGCUCUGUCUUCUACAUCCAGUAUUCCUGGGAUGAUGCCACCCCUGCUUAUGGCUACUGGUUCCGGGAAGGGGCCAAUGUUUACCAGGACACUCCAGUGGCCACAAACAACCCGGCUCAAAAAGUGCAGGAGGAGACCCAGGGCCGAUUCCGCCUCCUCGGGGACCUGUGGACAAACAACUGCUCGCUGAGCAUCAGAGACGCCAGGAGGAGUGAUGAGGGGAAAUACUUCUUUCGAGUGGAGAGAGGACGAAUAAAAUACAGUUACAAAUCUUUCCAGCUCUCUCUGCUUGUGAUGGCCCUGAACCACACACCCGACAUCCUCAUCUCCCAGCCCCUGGAGUCUGGCAACCCCAGCAAUCUGUCCUGCUCUGUGCCCUGGGCCUGUGAGCAGGGGACGCCUCCCAUCUUCUCCUGGAUGUCAGCUGCCCCCACCUCCCUGGGUCCUAGGACCAGCCUCUCCUCGGUGCUCACUAUCACCCCACGGCCCCAGGACCACGGCACCAACCUCGUGUGUCAGGUGAAGUUCCCUGGAGCGGGUGUGACCAUGGAGAGAACCAUCCAGAUCAACUUGUUCUAUGCUCUGAGUCACCCAGGGAUCAGUGUCAGCCAAGACGACAGCACAGGGAAAUCAGGGGCCCUGGCAGAGGUGUUUCUGUUGUCCAUUGUGGUCGUGGCUGUGAAGAUCCUGCUUCUCUGCCUCUGCUUCAUCUUCCUCAGUUUCCACAGGAGGAAGACCGCAAGGUCACCUGUGAUUGAGGAGAAUGAAUACAGUGUCAUGGGCUAA